GUUGCCUGCCUUUGGCAGUACCACAACAGCGGCAGCGCCCGCUUUCGGAGCACCUGCCGCUGCACCGGCGUUUGGAGCAGCAGCGCCCGCCUUUGGCGCCACAGCAGCUCCUGCUUUUGGUGCAGCAACUGCAGCGCCUGCUUUGGUGCAGCAACUGCUGCGCCUGCUUUCGGUGCACCGGCCACAUCAACGGCUUUCGGUGCGCCUGCAGCUGCGCCCGCCUUCGGAGCUCCUGCAGCUAGCUCAGCAUUUGGAGCGCCGGCUCCCGCGUUUGGCACCGCAACCGCAACCGUAGCGCCUUCAUUUAGCUUUUCUACGCCGGCAACAAGCGCACCAACCACAGCACCGCCCGCCUUUGGUGCGACAGCCAUGCCAACACUGGGCACUGCUGCUGGCGUCGGUGCAUUCUCCUUUAACAAACCCCAAGCAACAACGGCGGCUAGCUUGAACUUCAAUACAACCACAACGACAGCAACAGCGCAGCCUUUUAAUGCCAGCCUGCGUCUGGGUGGCACCAACACUCUGGCAGCAGCUCCCGCUAGUGGCGGCAUCUUUGGCAAACCGCUGACAACUGGCGCUCAGCCGGCGGCAGCGCCGCCAGCAUUUGUUGGUCUCGGCGGCAUCGAUGUGAGUGCAACGCAGCCGAAGCUGGGCGACAACAAACAGGAUGGAAUCAAGAUUAAGGAAACACAAGUGCCUGAUGAGAUUGUCAAGACAGUGGACGCACUCAAGGCGCACAUCAAGCAGCAGAAAACCAUUUCCUCGGACAUUGGACGCACCUCGACCUCGAAGCUAAGCAACGUGAGUCACGAGAUCACCAAUCUGCGCUGGCUUCUGCAAAACGUGGCCAAUACGGUGGAUGCCAACAAUCGACAGAUCAAACAGCUGCGCAGCGAAACAGCCAAGGCUAUUCAAUCACUGGAGAUGGCGCAACGCACACAGGACACUCCUGCUGGUCUGCAGUUUGAGAACAGCGCACCCUUCCAGUACUUUCAGUGCCUGGUGGCCAAGUACGAGGAGGAUCUGAUAGCAUUCCGGCAGCAAAUCGCGCUAACCGAGAGUCACAUGCAUGCUUUGGCAAACCCACAAAGUGUUUCACCCGAAGAUCUGAAGCGCGGCUUUCGACAAAUCAAUGAAUCAUUUGUCUCACUGGCUGGGCGACAGCAUGAGCUGCAUCAGCGCGUAGAGGAACAGAAGGAGCACUAUUUAAAUCUGCGACGCUAUCGACUGCGCGAUGCCACCAAUGUGUUUGCCAGCAUCGAUAAUCCGCCUGAACCGUUGAACGAACCACAGCGCAUUAGUAGCGGUCCAACGCCCUUCUCCAACAUCUCGGCCAUUAGCACACUAAACAAAAGCUAUGCAUCCGCUUCAGCGGCAACGUCGGCCAAUGCAACCGCCUCCAAAUCGAUGGAUAGAUGGUAAUCUCGACUAUGUAUUGCCAUGGAUAGUUUUUAGUUGUUUUAUGGAAAGGAAAUGCCAAUAAAGUUAUUAUUCAUGCGAUUCCUCA